AUGGAGUAUUGUCCUGGUGGUGGCGUCAUUGAUUUGAUGAAUAGAAGAUUACAACAAAGGCUAACAGAACCUGAAAUAUUGAAGAUAUUUAGCGAUGUAGCAGAGGCACUAGCUUAUUUACAUUAUUGUAAUCCACCCGUCUUGCAUCGAGAUUUAAAAAUUGAGAAUAUUUUAAUCUUAAAUGAUCAUCAUUAUAAGCUGUGUGAUUUUGGUUCUGCUUCACUUUCAAAAGGAAAUUAUAUACCAACUACAAUAAAAGAUAUACAAAAGAUAGAAGAAGAUAUUCAACGUCAUACAACAUUACAGUAUCGUGCACCAGAAAUGAUUGAUAUCUAUCAAAAGAGACCCAUUAACGAAAAGGCAGAUAUUUGGGCAAUGGGAGUUUUACUAUAUAAGCUAUGCUAUUAUACAACCCCUUUUGAAGAAGAAGGCCAGUUAGCUAUUUUAAAUGCUCGUUAUACUAUACCCAACACACCUAUAUUUACUGAAGGUUUACGUCAUUUAAUUAUUUCUAUGUUACAAGAAGAUCAAAACCUCAGACCUAAUAUAUAUCAAGUAUUAAGAACUGUAUGCCAUUUAAGAGGAGUAGAAUGUCCGAUUCGAGAUAUUUAUACUGAACCUAUUAUUACGCCUCCUUUUGGUAAGCAAACAUCAUCAUCAUCAUCAUCAUCCAUGUCUCCAGUUACAAAUUCAUCUAUAUUUGAAAAAAUGCCUUCUCCAGCACAAGAAGUACCUAAUAUUAAACCUAUGAGAAGAGGAAGACCUACGUCGACAAAGGAACAAAAUUCAAGUACAUUUGAUCCAUUUGAUCCAAAUAAUCAUACUUCUUCUACUCCAUCUCCUGUACAAUCAACAGCCACUACCUUGCCAGAAUCUUUUCAAAAUAGCUUUACAUCGUUUAAUAAACAAACAUCUUCUCCUCCAUCUCGAGUACAUAGUGCACCACUAUCCAAUAAUGAUAACCCUAACCCUAGCCCUAAACCAAUGAAGAAGAAGGCAACCACCGCCACCGCCAACGCCAACGCCACCACCGCCAAAGUAAUACAUACACAACCUGUUAAACCUGUCCUCAAUAUGCAAGAGGAAAAGAUAAAAGAGAAGGAAGAGGUGAAAGAGCCUAGGCCAACAGUAUCUACUAACAAAAUAAUUAACAAGAAAUCAGUUAAUGAUAACGACAAGGAUGAUGAUAGCAUAAUGCCUAAAAUAAACAAAAAUGUCUCUUCAAGUAUUGAAGCACGUUUCAUGGCCAUUAAGAAUGCUACUCGAAAUAAUAAUACACCUCCAAUCGUGAAUAAAAAGACUAAACCCGCUCCACCACCAAAGCCUGCCAGAUUUCGUUCCACUCAAAAAGCCAAUAAUAAUCAUGAGCCUUCAGUAGAUGAUUUUGAAAACAAAUUUCCUUCAUUAGAAGAAUUAGAUAAAUUUAUUUCUUAA